CCAGCAUUCGCCAGCAGCACUGACCUGUGGUUUCCGCCAUGAGCGACGGAUAUGGCCCGCCCCAAAGCUCGAGUGGAUUGCCCAUCCACCGCAACUGGCAAGAAAAGAUCCCUUGAGGAGUUUGAGCCAGACGAGGCCUCCGUGGCCGCCACCUUCCCAGCACAGCGAUCGGCCGAAGAGUCCGAAGACCCUCACGAGACGUCGAAAUCGGAAUCAAUUGAGUGUACCGAUGGAGACGCACCCUUAUCGUCGCAGCCAGCCAGAAAGCGAAAACGAGUUGCUGCACCCCCCAAGCGAACUCCCGCAGCCCCGUGGCCCGACGCGUUCAAGCAGCUUUCCCGCACCCACCGUGCCCUGAACCUCGUUUAUACCUUCUGCUGCACCCGAAAACACUUUGCCACCACGUUCAGCAACAUCAAACAAGCCGUACAAGCUCAGUUGCAGGGUCAGGAGUUGACGGUGGAAGAUGUCGCUCGCGUCCGAGUACUCGUGCCCCGAGCAGUCCGGUUCGAAUAUGUUGACGAUGCGAAGCUGGAGACUAUGACUACAGGGGAGCGGGAAGCCAAUCAUCUGGGAUAUGGCAGAGACAUGCCUUCUGGCUCAGAUGGUGUACCGACCAAGACACUUUUGUUCGAGCUUGUCGAUCAAGAUCUCAAGCGGGAGGUGAGACAUCCGAAAACCGGAGAGCCGACGAAGCCGAAACGUAAAAUGAAAGAUGAAGAUCUCAAAAUGCCGGUGUAUAGUCAGAAGCAGAUAUUAGCACUCAUCGAGAAACGGAACAAAAAGUUCACUGACGCAAUCGACGAAUUUCUUAUCCGCUGCGAGGAUGAGAAGAUCGACCCUGUCAUGCUACUUGAAUCCGAAAAAGAUGCAUGGAUUCCCAUUCCGCCUGACGAUGAAGAGUUGCGAGCCUUGGCAACCGUCAAAGCGCCGCCCCAAAUCCCCAAAGAGCGGAAGUCCAUGUCGGAAAUCGUGGAGGAGAUUCGGCAGAUGGACUGGUACACGGCACAGAUUGUACCGGAAGGACAUCGAGUGUUCGAAGCGCAGCCACCCAUAUACGGAGAUUUGAAUUUUCAGCUUUCUCAGAAUCUUGUGAAUGCAUUGUACAACACCAAGGGCAUCACUCAGCUCUACUCCCACCAAGCGGAGGCUAUCAAUCAUCUUUACGAUGGCCACAACGUCAUCGUUUCCACCUCAACCAGCUCGGGCAAGUCGUUAAUUUACCAGGUGCCCAUGAUGCAUGAGUUGGAGAAAGACCCUGCCGCCCGAGGAAUGUAUAUUUUCCCCACCAAGGCUUUGGCGCAGGACCAGAGACGGAGUAUGCAGGAGCUACUUCAGUUCCUGGACGGCCUCCAGGAUACCAUCGUUGAGACAUAUGAUGGAGAUACUCCCAUGGCCGCACGGAAUCAGAUCCGAGACGAGGCGCGCAUCAUCUUCACCAACCCCGACAUGCUACACAUCUCUAUCCUGCCACAAGAAAGCUCUUGGCGUACGUUUCUGAAGAACCUCAGGUUUGUUGUUGUUGAUGAGCUGCACGUGUAUAACGGGUUAUUUGGCUCCCAUGUUGCCUUCAUCAUGCGUCGCCUGCGCCGUAUCUGCGCCGCUAUAGGGAACCGUCAGGUCCGGUUUAUCUCCUGCUCGGCCACUGUAGCCAACCCCGAAGCGCACAUGAAAGCCAUCUUUGGCGUCGAGGACGUCAGAUUGAUCGACUUCGAUGGCUCUCCGUCGGGUCGCAAGGAGUUUAUGUGCUGGAAUACGCCAUUUAAAGACCCCAACGACCCGACGUCUGGCCGCGGAGACAGUGUCGCCGAAACGGCUCGUUUAUUCUGUCAGCUUAUCCUACGUGGUGCGCGCGUUAUUGCAUUUUGUCGGAUUCGCAAAAUGUGUGAGGUCCUCUUACAGGCUGUGCGCACGGAAUGCCAGAACCUUGGUCGCCUGGAAGUGGCGAAGCUCGUGAUGGGCUAUCGCGGCGGGUACAGCCCGCAAGACCGACGAAUUAUUGAGAAGGACAUGUUUGAAGGCCGACUGAUGGGCAUUGUUGCCACUAACGCUUUGGAGCUCGGCGUUGACAUCGGAUCACUCGAUGCUGUCAUCACUCUUGGCUUUCCCUAUUCUAUUUCCAACCUUCGCCAGCAGAGCGGUCGUGCCGGUCGGCGUAAUAAGGAUUCGCUCUCUGUCCUCGUCGGGGACCGCUACCCGACUGACCAGCACUAUAUGCGCAACCCCGAGGAGUUGUUCACUAAACCCAACUGCGAGCUGCAGGUUGACCUGACCAACGAGCUGGUCCUUGAGGGCCACGUCCAAUGUGCCGCUUUCGAAAUGCCCAUUCGUCCAGAUGAAGAUAGCACCUACUUCGGACCUCAGCUUGCCGAAUUCGCUGCGACUCGCCUUACCCGCGACGUCCUGGGCUACUAUCAUUGUCACGAGCGCUUUCGGCCUCAGCCAUCUCGCAGUGUUUCCAUCCGCGAUACUGAAGAUCAGCACUUCGCUGUAAUCGACACCACAAACUCGCGCAAUGUUGUUCUCGAAGAGGUUGAAGCCUCGCGCGCCUUCUUCACCAUCUAUGAAGGGGGCAUCUUUCUUCAUCAAGGUCAAACAUAUCUCGUUCAAGAAUUCAACCCGGAUCGCCAUUUCGCCCGUGUCAUUCGUGUUCAUGUUGAUUGGAAUACGAUGCAACGUGAUUACACCGAUAUAGACCCCAUCGAAACCGACGCCAUCCGGUUCAUUAAUCAAAACCCCUUUACCAUCACCGCAUCGGCUGCCGCCCAAUCCAAAGCGGCUGCCGCCACGUCUGAACCUCCGACUCGCGCAUUCUUCGGCUCCAUCCGCAUCCAUGCUGUUGUCUACGGAUUUUUCAAGAUCGACAAACGCGGUCGCAUUCUGGAUGCGGUCACGGUCGACAACCCGCCGAUCGAUAUCUACACGAAGGGCAUGUGGCUCGACAUACCCAAGCGAGCGCUGGACAUCCUCCGCUCGCACAACCUCAACAUUGCGGCCGCUAUUCACGCCGCCGAACACGCCAUUCUCUCCCUGCUCCCGACUUUUGUGAUCUCUUCCCCCGGCGAUGUGCGCACUGAAUGCAAAGUGGCGAAGAAGGAACUCGGGCGAGGCCUACGACUGGCCGCGGAAGGGCAGCCGCACGAGGGACAGACGAAGCAGCAGCUGGAAACCAAAGUCAAAAAGAUCCUGCAACCUCCAGCACGGCAAAGGCCGGCGCGGCUGACCUUCUAUGACGCGAAGGGCGGGUCGUGCGGCUCUGGCAUCGCAAGCAAAGCCUUUGAGUUUGUGGACAUGCUGUUGCGGCGGGCCGUUAAGCGCAUCGAAGCCUGUCAGUGUCUCACGCCGCAGGGGUGUCUGGAGUGUGUCUGCGACGAACGUUGUAAGGAGAUGAAUGAAGUGAUGAGCAAGGCCGGCGCAGGGGUGGUGCUGCGGUGUUUGCUGGGGUGGGAGGUCGAUGUGGAUGCUUUGCCCUGGGGCGAGGAGGUAGAUUUGAGUGGCAUAUGUGGAGUGGGUGGUGAGGAGCUGCGCGGCGGGUUUGAGACGGUUGUACCUGCCCAGGAGGUGCCACUGCGAUCUCAGCGGUAACUAGGAGAAUCAAGCGGUUCGAAUUACUGAAGCUAUCUCAUGCACUGCUUAGAACGGCUUCACCAUGGAUUCGAAAUAGCAUCAAGCUUAUAGUGACUUGAAUUUCUCAGACUAUUUUAUAGUUAAAAGAAGAAGAG